AUGCCACCACCAAGAGGAACCCCGAAUAUCUUAGAAGGACCUGGUGACUACGAUGUCACCAGCAUCGUCCACAAUGACACUUAUCCCGCGAUUUAUCCCACCAAAACCAACUUUUCCGGCAAAUCAGUGUUCGCCAGUGGCGCAUCCAAAGGCCUUGGCCGUGCUAUGAUCCUGUCUUUCGCAAAGGCCGGUGCUUCCUUCAUCGCUGCCGGUGCACGUUCAGACAUGUCGCAGCUGGCCAAAGACGUCGAGGCUGCCGCAUUGUCCGCCAACAGACCUACACCAACAUUUCUGCCUGUUAAAAUGGACGUCACAGACAGGAAAAGUGUGGAAGAUGCAGCCGCAGAAGUAGAGAAAGCAUUCGGAAAGUUGGACAUCGUGAUCAACAAUGCUGGUAUUCUGGGCAAAUUCGGUCUUAUUACCGAUUCUAACCCAGACGAAUGGUGGCAGGUUCUGGACGUCAAUAUCCGUGGUCCAUAUUUGGUCUCUCGCUCAUUUCUGCCAUUGUUGCUGAAAGGCGAAGAUAAAUAUCUCAUCAACGUUGCCAGUGUGGCGGCCCAUCUCCUUAAUCCGACACUGAGUGCAUACCAAGUGUCCAAGAUGGGUCUGGUUAAACUGACGCAGCUCAUCAAUGCUGAGUAUUCUGGACAAGGAGUUAUUUCGUUUGCUGUUCAUCCGGGCAACUCUCCAACGGAUAUCAUGGGAGGACCUGAAGGAUUGACGGAUCAUGAGAAAACCAUCUUUGUCGAAACACCCGAAAUCAGCGCCGACACUCUUGUCUUUCUGACCUCUCAGAAACGAACCUGGUUGGGAGGAAGGUAUAUCAACUGUACGUGGGAUAUGCCAGAACUCAUGGCCAAGGAGGAGGAGAUAGUCAAGGAGGAUAAGUUGAAGGUUAAAUUUUUGUUUUAG